CCCGGCUGCUACAGCCACUCCGCCGCACCCCCUGUCGCUGCACUGCAGACACAGCCAGAUCCGCUCCAUGCAGCGACAGGGCCUGCGAGCCUCGCUACGUGCACGCCCGCGCAGCAGCCAAGAGGCGGGCCAUGGGCACAGAUCGGCCUCGCUGGGCGGUACGUACCUGGGCGGCAUGCACUGGCCCUGUCACAGCUUCACGCCCGCACCCCUCCACCACCUCACCAAGCCUUGCUGGGCUUCACCAGCCAAAGCCCGGCCCCAUGCAGCCCUGCAGAGGCCAGGGUCUGUCUGCAUAGGUACUGAGCUUCGAAAGACACAGGCAGAUAAGUCGAAGCAUCCAGUAUUUAACUCUCGUCGUCCUCCCAUCUGGCCCAGCCUGUCAUGACCAUUCCGAUCCAAAAAUUGCUGAGACGCACAUCAUCUAUAUAAUACCAAUCGACAUCUCAUCCAAACCACCCAUCAGUCACAUCUUCCAUCCUGAUCUGAUCAAGCAAGAGCCUCUUCUCUACUGAGCCAAGACCACACUGCCUUGCUUGCUCUUCACCCCUCCAUCACCACAUCAUCAACUCUUCUUACAACAACAACAACAACACACACACACACAACAUCACAAUGGCCAUGUUCGCCAUCUCACAACAACACCCUUAUGCCUACGCCGCAGUCCCGGCACCGGCUCCUCCUCCUCCUCGACACUGCUCAAACCACGGCACCAGCAGCGCCUUUAGCAGCUCUGCCCACCCUGAUGAGGACUGGACCAAGAUCUCAGAUCUUGCCGAGCGCAGGAGAAUACAGAACCGCAUUGCUCAGCGCAACUACCGCAAGAAGCUUAAGCGCCGUCUGGAGGAUCUUGAGCGCCGCGCUGGAUCCGAAGAGGGCGAUGCUGAGAAGCAGCCCUCGCCAGUCAGCCAGCCUGCCGCCAGCCCCAACAAGGUCGUCAAGCGUCAAUCCAUCUCCAAGGCUCACAAAGUGCACCAGGCACCAGCUCCUGUCCGCCUCCCGACGCCUCCCAAGACCAUUGUUUCUCAGGGCCAAUUCACUCCUCCCAUGGAGUCUCACGACGAGCUGUCUUUUGUGCACCCCAGCUACCACCACCACGACGAGCGCGAGCGCUCCAACACGCCGCCCGUUCUCGCAUACACCACAUACCCAGCUCCCGACGAGCUGCUCAUGAACCCCUAUGGAUCCGCUCACGCCUAUCCUGCCAUGACCACUGCUGAGGUCUACCCCAACUACCUCAGUGCUGCCAUGCCCGCCUCGCUGCCUCCUCUGGGCCACUACAGCGAGCCCAUCAAGCGAGACCUGUAUCCCGACAACGUCAUGAGCCCAUACAUUGGCUAUGGCUUCAUGCCGACUCACGACAUGGGCAUGUCCACUCCCUACGACCCUUCCAACAACCCUCUGACUCCUCCUCUGACGCAUUCAUACGACCACUCGGCUGCCUGCUCUGAGACGGGCUUCGAGUACCCUACCACCCCGCUGUCUAUGCCUGGCUCUCCAGCCUUGAUGCAGCACCAGCACUAAAUCAAUGAAGAAAAAAAAAAGAAAAAUUUGAAAGGAAAAAAAAAAAAAGCCGGAUUUCAUACAAUUCAUCACCCUAUCAUCUACAAACCCGAAGUACAUAUAUACAUAUUCUACCUUGUCGCAAAACAACAAGGCACUCGACAUUACGGGGCAAAAAAUGAUUUCUGGUCUACGGCAAAGGGGGUGCACAACGGGAUCUUUUCUACGAGGACAAAUAGCAUGGCGAUUGUGUUGGGACUCCUUCAUUCUUCUUGGAGAGCUUUGGAUGAGCUCUUAUUUUCUUGUGUUAACACCUCUUUUUUGUGAUAUCUUUUUUCAUGAAGUGGACAUUUGGGAUGACUUGAAAGAUGGGAUUGGUUGGCAGGCGUUCCAAGGAGCAACGGACUGAUAUGCUUAAGCAAAGCACAGUUUAUUGGUGUUUUCUCUGUUACUUCAAUUUUUUUUUAAUCUUAUACUAGAUAUCCCCGCCGGAAUACAAACGGAACGGGCACUAGAAGCGUGCUCCAAAUUCAAAAAAAUCAAUUUACUUUA